AAAAAAAAAAAAGGAAAAACGAAGCCUUCAGAAGUGUUGUCAUUAUUUUUGUUCCCACUUGCACUCCCUCUCUCUGUGUACCCGCAUCGAGAAGGGAGCAAAAACAAAGGAAGAAAAAACAAUGGCUUCUCCGGUGACACUUCCGAUCUCCAGUCCACAAUCUACGGCUACUGCCGGAUCUCAAUCUCAGGCACCUAUCUCAACUCCCGCAUUCCGUUCAUUCAUUUCCCGUCUUUCAUCUUCGAUCCGUCAAGGUUUCGCUCAACGCCGCCCUUGGUUGGAACUUCUCGAUCGCACAUCAUUUGCCCGUCCUGACUCCGUCGCUGAAGCAGCUUCACGCAUCCGCAAAAACUUCUCCUAUUUUCGCGUCAAUUAUGUUACCCUACUUGCUGGCGUACUUGCUCUUUCCCUUCUAUCUCAUCCUUUUUCUCUCCUUGUCCUUCUUGCUCUCCUCGGUGGAUGGUUUUUUCUCUAUUUGUUUAGACCUUCAGAUCAGCCCGUUGUUAUCUUUGGCCGUACUUUCUCUGAUCGUGAAACGUUGGGGAUAUUAGUUGUAUUCACCAUUGUUGUGGUGUUCCUCACUAGUGUUGGAUCCCUGCUAAUCUCUGCUCUUCUUGUUGGAUUGGCUAUUGUUUCUGCUCAUGGAGCUUUUAGGGUUCCUGAAGAUUUGUUCCUUGAUGAUCAAGAGCCUGCCAACGCUGGAUUCCUUUCGUUCCUCGGUGGUGCUGCUUCAUCUGCCGCCGCUGCCGCUGCGCCGGCUGUUGCUGCUCGUGUGUAGUUGGAUCCAUUUGAUUUGAAGACAUGAUAUGAGGUUGGUUUGGAGCUUCUAUAUUUGAUGUGAAUCAGUUAUUCAAACUGUAAUAUUCUAGGUAGAGAAGAAGUAGUUUCUGCGUUGGAUUUUGCAGAAAAUAUUUAGAAAUUUUUUAUCCAGAUUAUAGAUCUAGAUUGGAUCUGUAAUUUCCUACUUUUAGAUCUGUAUUUAACUCUUUACUUCGUUUGCUACUAUAUUUUAAUUCAUGUUUAUUGGUAAGUUGGUGUCUCAAAUGUUAAAUUUACGUAA